AUGACCCUUAGCUCGGAGAUGUCCGAGGCGUCGACGCUGGCUGAGGAGACCGACAUCGAUGUGGUGGGCGAGGAAGACGAUGAGGAGGACGACGAGGAGCCGCGGACCCGCCGCCGCCGCCGCUCCUACGCCGAGGAUGAGGAGGAGGACGAGGACGACGACGAGGAAGAGGACGAGGAGGACGUGGGCGACCUCCACGCCGCCGCCCUGCUGCCGCGGUCGCCCGUGCGCGGCGGAGGCGUAGGUGGCGGCGGCGGGGCGGGCGGCGGGGACGCUGCCGGUGGCUCUCGGCCCCCCUCGCGGGGUGGCCCGCAGAAGGCGACGGCGGGCGGCGGCGGGGCGGGCGGCGGCGGCGGCGGGGCGGGCAGCGGCGGCGGCAAGAACAGCCUCGUGAAGCCGCCCUACUCCUACAUCGCUCUCAUCACCAUGGCCAUCCUGCAGAGCCCCAAGAAGAGGCUGACGCUGAGUGAGAUCUGCGAGUUCAUCAGCGGGCGCUUUCCCUACUACAGGGAGAAGUUCCCUGCGUGGCAGAACAGCAUCCGCCACAACCUCUCCCUCAAUGACUGCUUCGUCAAGAUCCCCCGGGAGCCCGGCAAUCCUGGCAAGGGCAACUACUGGACGCUUGACCCCGAAUCCGCCGACAUGUUCGACAACGGGAGCUUCCUGCGCCGCCGAAAGCGCUUCAAGCGGCAGCAGCUCCCGGCGCCCGAGCUUCUGCUGCGCGCCGUGGACCCCGCCGCCUUCCUCCCGCAGCCUCCGCCGCAGCCCCCGCAGCAGCCGCCCUGCGCCUACGGACCCUACGGCUGCGGCUACGGUCUCCAGCUCCAGCCUUACCACCCCCACUCCGCCCUCUUCGCCUUCCACCACCCCUCUCCGCCGCCCCGCCAGCCCCCUGCCGCCCCCGGCAGCGCCCCCGGUGCGGCGCUGCCCCCCGCCGCCGCCGCGCCGCCGGGCCCCUUGCUGCCGGCGGCGGAGCUGGCACGGACGCCCUUCGGCUACGCGCACCCGCUGGGCCCGGCGCUGGCGGCCUCGCUGCACUCCGCCAAGCCCGGCAGCGGCGCGGCGCUGGCCCGCUCGCCCUUCUCCAUCGAGAGCAUCAUCGGGGGAAGCCCCGGCCCCGGCGCGGGCAGCAGCUGCGGCUCGCAGUCGACCGCGGCGCCGGGGCUGGCCCGCUCGCUGGGGAGCGCCGGGAGCGGCCUGCCCCCCGCCGCCGCCCUGCCCGCCACCCCCGGCUUCGCGGCACGGAUCUCUAACUGUUAA